AUAUAUAUUGAUCAAGUGUCAAAUUAUACACACAUAUUUACACUUGAGCAUAAACGAAAGGUGACAUUUGCAGCUUUUCCAAACAACAAAACUGAAGUUACGGCAGACCGUUAAUUAGUUUCUUGCAACGUCCAUGCAUGAUCCCCCUCAAUCCUCAUUGUGCAGUAAAAGAAAUUCCUUUACUGUAAAUCUAUGGAAGAAUUGUAAAAGGCAAGAAACCUUCAAAAUGUCGAUGGAGAACGGACUUUUUAUAUGUCGGAAGAAAUUUAACGAUAAUCUCUUCGGCGUUUUCUUUGGCCAAAAUCCAUUAAAAUCAUCUUUUCCCCUUGUUCUGUUGGAGUUGACGUUUCUCAUAUGUGUUUCUCGCGUCGUCCGGCUUCUCCUCAAGCCCUUCGGGCAGCCUAAAGUUAUCUCGGAGAUCAUCGGUGGCAUUAUACUUGGGCCAUCUGUGUUAUGCCGUAGCGAGAAGUUUCGUAUGUAUAUGUUCCCUGAUAAUGCGUUUUAUGUGAUCCAGAAUAUGGGGCUAAUAGGAUUCAUGUAUUUUCUCUUCAUAUCUGGUGUGAAAAUGGACAUAUUUGCAGUAAGGAAAGCGGACAAAAAGCAUUGGUACAUUGCGCUAGUCGGGGUGAUGGGGCCACUCUGUUGUAGCAUAGCUGUUGCAUUUUCUUGGAGGAAGUCUAUGGAUACGAAGAUGGUGAAGGCUUCUUCGAUUUGGGGGAUAACCUCGUCUCUGGCAAUGACGGCUUUCCCUGUUCUUUAUCCAAUCAUGAAGGAGCUCAACUUACUUAGCUCUGAAAUUGGGAGGGUGGCCCUAUCCAUUGCAGUAAUCGGUGAUGUGAUAGGAAUGAACGGUGUGGUUAUAUUCGAGGCCUCCAAGCAAGGCGAAGGGAAGCCUAUAGCUGCUUUGUGGUACAUUGUCUCGUUGACUGUGGUUCUAGCAUCUAUAUUUGGUGGUGUAAGACAGUUCAUGAUAUGGAUUAUCCGGACAACCCCUGUAGGGAAGCCGGUGGAUCAAGUUUAUGUGAUUGCCUUGUUGUUGGGUGUUUUUGUUGUUGCUUUUGUUGCUGACAUGUUGGGCCUUGCUGUUGCCAACGGGCCGUUGUGGCUUGGGUUGGCCGUGCCAGAUGGCCCUCCAUUAGGAGCCAUUCUUGUGGAGAAAAGUGAGACCAUUAUUACCAACAUUUUCAUGCCAUUCUCGUAUAUGUAUGUAGGCAUGAUUACGGAUCUAUCAUCCAUGAGCGGCCAUUGGUAUCAUUUGCAGCCGCUGCUUUAUGUGGUUUUAACCGGAUACAUCAUGAAAAUGGUUUUCACUCUCAUUGCUGCCCGUUUCUUAGACAUGACCAUUAGAGAUAGCCUCACUCUCAGCCUGAUAAUGAGCUUGAGGGGUGAAAUAGAGUUUUUGUUGUUUAUCCAUUGGGUAGAUUUUAAGAUGGUGGGAGUACCGGAAUUCACAUUGCUGGUCCUGUUGACAGUUUCUGUGACUGCUGUAGCUGCGCCCUUGAUCAGCAUACUCCAUGAUCCUACGAGGCCUUAUAUGCUGAACACGAGACGCACAAUUCAACACACCGCUCCUAACAAUGAGCUCCAUAUUGUAGCAUGUAUCGAUGAGGAAGAGAAUUUGUAUGGACUAAUGAAAUUACUUGAGCUCUUUAAUCCAACUGCUAGCACUCCUAUCUCUGUUCAUGCUUUACGCCUAAUUGAGCUCGUUGGUCGUGCCAACCCGGUGUUCAUUGACCAUGAAACUGAAGAAGAUAAGGGAGCUGAAGGAUGCAGAUUCAGUUCGUUACAUAAUGCUCUAAAGAUUUUUGCUGAGGCUAGAGGUGAUUACGUAAGGAUACUUUCAUAUACAGCAAUCACCCCUAAGAGAAGCAUGCAUCAAGACAUCUGUGAGCUAGCUCUUUCUAAGCAAGCUUGUUUGAUCAUAGUACCAAUUCCACAGAGAAUAAUGGAUAACAUGGCAGGGACGCCGGCUAGGAAGUCAGCCUCUCAAUCCCUGAGUUCUAACGUGUUGAAACAUGCGCCUUGCUCGGUAGGAGUUCUAGUGAGCAAGAAGGAGUACCCAAAUCUUGUUUCUGGUUUGAGAAGCUCAAUGCAUCACUUUAUCCUUCUAUUCUUGGGUGGAGCGGAUUCUAGAGAGGCGCUUUCUUAUGCAGACCGUGCUGCUGGAUGUCCGGAUACAUCACUCACUGUCGUCAGGUUUCUUUCACAUGAAAAUGAGGGUGAUAUCGAGAUGGAAAAGAAGCUUGAUGAUCAAUUAGUGACAUCGUUUUGGGUGAAAAACGAAGCUAACGAGCGUGUAGUCUAUCGGGAGGCAGUGGUGAAGAACGGAGAGGAAACUAUGGCUGUUAUUCAUGCAAUGAAUGAUGAGUGCUAUGAUCUUUGGAUCGUGGGAAGAAACCAUGUAAAUCCUGUUCUCUUACAAGGACUAUCAAAUUGGACUGAAAUCAGUGAGCUCGGAGUUGUAGGAGAGUACAUUGCCUCUGCUGAUUUUAGCAGUAGCGCUUCAGUUUUAGUGGUGCAACAACAAAUCUUAAGAGGCCAGAAAAGGAAUUCAGGUAGUCUAGUUGGAAGAUUCUUGUUAAACGAAUAUUGGAAUAAGGUAAUGCAUAUAUAACCGUUAAUUGCAGUGUUAGGCCUUAGGAAAUCACUGCUUAGACACAACUUGAGUAGUAAAUAUGUGAAGUUUUGCUCUACUUCUUAGUUCAGGGAAGCUGUAAAUAGAUGUCAUUUUCUUUGUAAUACAAAUUCCAGACCUUCAGACUGCACUUGUGACAAGAAAAGUUCACUAAA